AUGUCAACGUAUUUGCAUGAUGCCGCAAAGUGCCGCAAAGCUAUUGCUGUGGUUCGAUUUGUCUCGGAGUGGUGCAUCCAAAGUCCUCAAGCUGCUGUCGCAGUGCCACCUAUCCAGGGCCUUAGUAUGCCGUCGUGGCCUGCCAUUGAGAUGUUCCGCUUGCUCGCUGGGCGCUUGCUUGCUGGGCGCUGUCUCCAUCGACGAGUGGGCCCAGCGAAAGAGGUGGAUGAUCGCCACCAUCCGGCAUUUUCGGAUUUGGCGGUCCCAGAUCCCUGCCGGGUCCGACCAGCUCAUCGACCGCGCAAAAGCUGGAGGGACCGCCAGGCAGCCAUGAACCUCUGGCUCGACCUGAAUGGCUUCGGCCAGGAUGUGGCGGCGCCUCGUUCAGUAAAAUCAGUCUGGCACAGCAUCUCUCCCCGACAUCGCGGGAACGACGCAGAGGAGGUCAUAUACCCGAUCCACCUGGCUGCAGCCAGUGGUGACCACCGCUUGCUGCGAUGUCUGCUCCUGGCGGGUGCGGAUGGGAACCAGAGAACCUCCAAAGGUCGCUUGGCAGUGGAGCUGGCAGAAGAGCUCAACACCUUUGGCUCGCAUGACAGUGUCAUUACGCAGUUGCAGAGCCAGGCCAAGGUGAAGCGAGUGACGGACAUCCUGAGCGGGUCGUCUGCUGAGAAAUAG